AUGCAGCAGGAAAGGGUUCGAAGAAGUAGGAAGAAGAAAAAUGUAGAGAGUGUGGAAAACGUGAUUCAUUUGGUCGAACGACAUUUGAUCGAGAGUCAUUUGGCCGAACGCCAUUUAACCGAAGGUCAUUUGGCCGAACGCUAUUUGACCGAAAGUCAUUUGGCCGAACGCCAUUUGACCAAACGUCAUUUGGCCGAACGCCAUUUGACCGAACGUCAUUUGGCCGAACGCCAUUUGACCGAUGGUCAUUUGGACGAACGUCAUUUGACUGAAGGUCAUUUGUUCGAAGGUCAUUUGUUCGAAGGUCAUUUGGCCGAACGCCAUUUGACCAAAUGCCUUUUGACCGAACGCCAUUUGACCGAGAGUCAUUUGGCCGAACGCUAUUUGGCCGAACACCAUUUGACCGAACGCCUUUUCACCGAAGGUCAUUUGGCCGAACGCUAUUUGAUUGAUGGUCAUUUUACCGAACGCCAGUUCACCGAAGGUCAUUUGGUCAAACGCCAUUUGAUCUAUGGUCAUUUUGCCGAACGCCAUUGGACCGAAGGUCAUUUGGCCGAACGCCAUUUGACCGAUGGUCAUUUGGACGAACGUCAUUUGACCGAACGCCAUUUGACCGAUGCUCAUUUGGCCGAACGCCAUUUGACUGAAGGUCAUUUGGUCGAAGGUCAUUUGGCCGAACGCCAUUUAACUGAAGGUCAUUUGGUCGAAGAUUAUUUGGCCGAACGCCAUUUUACUGAAGGUCAUUUGGUCGAACGCUAUUGGACCGAAGAUCAUUUGACCCAAGGAUCAUUUGACGAACGCCAUUUGACCGAAGAUCAUUUGGCCUAA